AUGGACUACAGGUUUCUGCCUGCGGGUGGCAGCAGCUCGCUGCGCGCUGUUUAUGUCGGUGAGCAGCAGCAGCAGAGGAAGAAGCAGCGGGAGGCCGUUGUGUUGCUCGUAGCUAAAGCUCUGAGUUCCGUUUGUAUUGGAAUAUCCGCAGAAAAAGCUGCAAUCUAUCCGCGGAGCUCUGCACUUCGGUCCUCCUCGUUCAGUGACCUCCGCAGCUCUCCCGCAGCGUGCCCGCGAGGAGCCGCAGGACCUCCGCGGAAGGAGAUGUACCGCGGUCGGCCUCCUCCGAGAGGGGGCUACCCGCCUCCCUUUGAAGGCCGGGGUCCGCCUCCGCCGAGGCCCUACCCGGCCCCGGGCUACAGGGACGACCGGAGCCGGCCCAGACCUCCGUAUCACUCUGGCUACCACGACCACGGACCCCCGGAUCCCUACCGCCGCUCCCCGCCGCGCAGGAGGUACCCUUCCCCGGGCUCAGACAGCAACCGCGGCGGGGAGUUAUGGACCGGAGGUCCGCCGAGAGAGAGGUCUUUGUCUCCACGUGGCCCGAUUCCCCUGGACCACAACCUCGUCAUCACCGUUGGCAACGAGCUGAAUGGACCUUCUGGCUCCGCCUCCUUAUGCCAUCUCGAAAGGUGAUCAUUAGGCAGAUUUUGUGUUUAUU